AUGCACAAACUUAUGAUGAACUGCAUUGAGGCGAACAUUCUCACUGGUUGUGGUAAAGAUGAGACCAUUUUCAUACCAGUUAAACCAUUUCAUGUCAUAAUCACUAGACUAAUCAAAACACCUCGACGAACAACAGCCGAGAGAACAAGCAGGUUUCCAGAAGAACUAUAUAGUACAAUAGAUCUCAGAUUCACUCUAACACAACUCAUUGAAGGAGCGAACGAAUACAAGCUUCUAUUGCGUCUUGCUUUUGUUGAUUACGGAAAGGUCUUCGAUAGCGUCGAGAUGAACGCAAAAUUGAAAUCUCUGGAAAUGCAAAGUAUCGAGGCGAAAUAUGUUAAACUGCUCAGAGAUGAGAACUCUGGAUGCACAACAGAUUCAACUCACCUAUCACCAGCAGCAAGGGCACCAAUGGAGAAGGGUGUAAAGCAAGGUGAUACCAUCUCUUCAAAGAUCUUUACCGCAUGUCUAGAAAUGGUCAUCACGAACAUCAGCUGGACUGGAGGCGUGGACAUCAAUGGCGAGCAACUAAAACACCUCCGAUUGGUAGAUGACACUGUGCUUAUCACUGAAACCACAGACCAGCUGCAGCCCACGCUGACAGAGUUAAGCAUCUACAGCUUAGUAGUGAGUCUUAAAAUGAACCAAACGGAAACAAAUAUUUGUGGUCAGAAGACGUAG